CCAAAUUGCUUUUAAAUCCACCAUUAUAAACACCAUCCACACAACACAACGGUUCAUAACAAAAAAAGUUCCUUUUUUUUUUUUCUUUUCUUUUUUGAUCUUAAUCCAACAAUCCCUCAACUCUUUGUCGUUCUCGUGUUCCCAUCUCCAAUAGUGAAAUGAACCCACCAUCUCUGUAGCAUCCUCCUCUUCUGUUUCUCAAAUCCGCCAUGGCAGACCAGAAGAAGAAGAAGAAGAGGAAGAACAACAUUCAAAUUCUCAUCAGAGAAUUCGACCCCACUAAAGACAGACCUGCCGUUGAAGAUGUUGAACGACGAUGCGAAGUUGGCUCAACCAAAAACAAAAACUUCUCCCUCUUCACCGAUCUCCUCGGUGACCCAAUUUGCAGAGUCCGCCAUUCCCCUGCCUUUCUCAUGCUCGUCGCGGAAAUUGCCGCCCACAACGAGAUCGUCGGCAUGAUCAGAGGCUGCAUCAAGACUGUUACUUGCUGCUCUAAAUCCACUAGAAAUUCCGGAAUUAACGCCUCUGAUCUUCCCCACCUCGCCCCUGUUUACACCAAACUCGCUUACAUCUUAGGCCUUCGCGUCUCCCCCGAUCACCGAUUGGGGAUUGGAUUGAAUCUGGUAAGGCGAAUGGAGGAAUGGUUCAGAGAGAAGAAAGCGGAAUAUUCAUACAUAGCUACAGAGAUUGACAACGUCGCUUCAAUUAAGCUAUUCACUCAUAAAUGCGGCUAUUUCAAGUUCAGAACGCCGUCGAUUCUCGUGAACCCUGUUUUCGCCCACCGGCUCCGCCUCUCCGACCAAGUCACCAUCCUCCGGCUCGAGCUGACUGUCGCCGAGACACUGUAUCGAUGUCGGUUCGCGGCGGCGGAGUUUUUCCCGCGCGACAUUGACGCGGUGCUCUCCAACCGGCUAAGCCUCGGCACAUUUCUAGCAGUGCCACGUGGGAGUUUUACAGAUGGGUUGUGGGUCGAGUCUGAUCGGUUUUUGUCGUGUCUGCCGGAAUCGUGGGCGGUUUUAAGCGCGUGGAAUUGCAAGGACGUGUAUGCGCUGGAGGUUCGUGGCGUGUCCGUGGUGAAGCGAGCGAUGGCAAAAUUCAGCCGUGUGAUUGAUCGAGGGCUGCCGUGGUUGCGGCUGCCAUCAGUUCCGGAGGUGUUUACGCCAUUUGGAGUGCUGUUUUUGUAUGGGGUAGGAGGAGAAGGCCCACUCGCAGGGAAGCUGAUGAAGGCGCUUUGCCACCACGCGCACAAUUUGGCAAAGGAGCGUGGCUGUGGUGUGGUGGCUACGGAGGUUUCAAACGAUGAGCCGCUCAAAUCCGACAUUCCACAUUGGAAAAAACUGUCAUGUCCGGAGGAUUUAUGGUGCAUUAAGCGCCUUGGUGAAUGCUACACCGACAACUCCCUCGGCGAUUGGACUAAAUCGCCACCCAGCUUCUCCAUAUUCGUUGAUCCUAGGGAAUUCUAAUUCACCCCCAACAGCUACCGCUUUCUUCCAUUCCUUGUUUUCGAUAACAUAAUCUAAUCGUCCACGAAAUAAAAUAAGAUAUCAUUUUUAUAACGA